UUGUGUGGGUCUCGCGCUGCUAUUGCUCAGAGCCGAGCGACCGAGUCUGCUCGACGCGGCCAUGGCCAGCGCCAAGAAGCUGCCGCUGCAGGAGAGGGUCCCGCUCGCCCGCACGGCGUGGAAGCUGGCCGACCUCGCCGUGCUCUCCCUGCUCCUGGCCCUCCUCGCCCGCCGCGCAGCCACGCUGCUGGCGGGUGCGGCGCCGUCGUGCACGUGGUGCUGGCUCGCCGCGCUCGUCUGCGAGGCGUGGUUCACCGUCGUGUGGCUCCUUAACGUGAACGGCAAGUGGAACCCCGUCCGGUUCGACACCCACCCCGAACGCCUCGCAGAAAGGAUCGACGAGCUGCCGGCGGUGGACAUGUUCGUGACGACGGCGGACCCGAAGCUGGAGCCGCCGGCGGUGACGGUGAACACGGUGCUGUCGCUGCUCGCGCUGGACUACCCGGCGGGCAAGCUGGCGUGCUAUAUCUCCGACGACGGCUGCUCGCCGCUGACGUUGUUCGCGCUGCGCGAGGCCGCCGAGUUCGCCAAGCUCUGGGUGCCGUUCUGCAGGAAGCACGGCGUCAGCGUCCGGGCCCCCUUCGUCUACUUCUCCUCCGCCGGCCCAGAGCGCGGCGGCGCGGCCGGUGGCGAGUUCCAGCGCGACUGGACAGCCAUGAAGAGCGAGUACGAGAAGCUGGCCAGCCGGAUCGAGAACGCCGACGAGGAAUCUCUGGUCCGGCGCGGCGCCGGCGAGUUCGCCAAGUUCGUGGGCGCUGACCGCAGGGACCAUCCGACCAUAAUCAAGGUCCUGCGGGACAGCUGCAGGGAAGGGGACGGCACCGGAGUCCCAAGCCUCGUAUACAUCUCCCGGGAGAAGAGCCCCAGGCACCACCACCACUUCAAGGCCGGGGCCAUGAACGUCCUGACGAGGGUGUCAGCAGUGCUGACCAACGCGCCCGUCAUGCUGAACGUGGACUGCGACAUGUUCGCGAACAACCCGCAGGUGGCCCUCCACGCUAUGUGCCUCCUCCUCGGCUUCGACGAUGAGGUCCACAGCGGCUUCGCGCAGGCGCCACAGAAGUUCUACGGCGCCCUCAAGGACGAUCCCUUCGGCAACCAAUUGGAGGUUAUCUACGAGAAGCUUGGAUUCGGAAUCGCUGGGCUUCAGGGCAUGUUUUACGGUGGGACGGGUUGCUUUCACCGCAGGAAAGUCAUCUACGGCGUGCCACCGGAGCCCACCACGGACGUGCAGCAACCAACAAGGAUGAGAGGCUCACCAUCUUACAAGGAGCUUCAGAAGAUGUUUGGCAGCUCGAAAGAACUGAUCGAGUCGGCGAGGGGCAUCAUUUCAGGAGAGAUGUUCGCCGCAGCGGCAUCGGCAGAUCUAUCGAGCCGCAUCGAUGCGGCGAAAGAAGUUUCCUCCUGCAGCUACGAGGCUGGCACAAGUUGGGGCCAGGAGGUUGGCUGGGUCUACGGGUCGAUGACGGAGGACAUCCUGACGGGGCAGCGGAUCCACGCUGCCGGCUGGAGAUCGGCGCUUCUGAACACCGACCCGCCGGCGUUCCUCGGCGGCGCGCCGACCGGAGGGCCGGCCAGCCUCACACAGUACAAGAGGUGGGCGACGGGCCUGCUGGAGAUCAUCAUCAGCCGGAACAACCCAAUCCUCCAGUGCAUCUCCAGGCGUCUCGAGCUCCGGCAGUGCCUCGCCUACCUAGUCAUCGACGUGUGGCCGCUCAGGGCGCCUUUCGAGCUGUGCUACGCCCUGCUGGGACCUUACUGCCUCCUCGCAAACCGUUCCUUCCUGCCAAAGGCAUCAGAGCCGGGUUUCCUGAUCCCGCUAGCCCUGUUCCUGACCUACAACGUGUACAACCUCGCCGAGUACAUGGAGUGCCGGCUCUCGGCGCGCGCGUGGUGGAACAACCACCGGAUGCAGCGCAUCGUCUCGUGCUCCGCCUGGCUGCUCGCGUUCCUCACCGUGGUGCUCAAGACCCUGGGCCUCUCCGAGACGGUGUUCGAGGUCACCCGCAAGGAGCAGGGCCAGGGCGCCGCGCCCGACGGCGGCGGCGACGACGGCGCCGACCCGGGGCGGUUCACCUUCGACUCGUCGCCGGUGUUUGUCCCGCCUACGGCGCUCACGAUCCUGGCCGUCGUCGCUCUCGCCGUCGGGGCGUGGAGGGCGGUCGCCGGCGCGGCGGCGGCAGGCGGCGGGCCCGGCGCCGGGGAGUUCGUGUGCUGCGGCUGGCUGGUACUCUGCUCAUGGCCGUUCGUGAGGGGGCUCGCCGGAGGCGAGGGGAGCUACGGGAUCCCCUGGAGCGUCAGGAUCAAGGCCGGUCUGCUCGUGGCCGCGUUCGUGCACUUGUGCACGAGGAAUUGAGCACCUCUGAACACGCGUGCGGUUUGGCUUGGCCCCUCUGAAGCUCUGAUCAGAACUACAAUGGUCGAUGACUCGAUGGGACUGGUAAAAGAAGCUGAAACCAUUUGAGAAACCACAGCAUGUUUUGCAUCAGAAUGUACUUGCAUGAUCUGUACAGAAUUCUUGCAGGAGGUUAAUAAAGCAGAGAUUAGCUACUUCUUCUCAAA